AUGGGCCAGUCUGACCUCAACCUCUUGCUGGAGAUGGGCUUCGACAAGGCCCGCGCUGAGUUGGCGAUAAAAAAGGCAGGCGCUCUGAACCAAGCCCUUGAAUGGCUUGAAGCGAACGAGGAUAAAUCGCUCGACGAGCUCCUUGCUCAGACGGAAUCAAAGGGCGCCGACGACGACGAUGAAGAAGAACAAACGAAUAUCAAUUUUAAGAAUGCUGACCUCGCCUCCUAUCACGCAACUAAGAGUGGCCACACAGACUUUUCUGAAUCCACAGACGAGAUCGCUCCUCUUACAGAUGAGCAAAGGGCGGCGAGACUCGAAGAGCUCCGUCAGAAGCUCAAAGCAAAGCGCGAAAACCAGGCCGUGUUAGCACGUGAGGAGGCCAAGCAAAACGAGAAAAUCCGGAUGAAGUCUACGCGUGACGCCCAGGACGUCAAGGAUGAGCUACAACGGAAGGAGCAGAUCAAGGAGGCAGCCCGAAAGCGCCAGGAGAAGCUCAAUGACAUCGAAGCCAAGAGACGCAUCAAGGCUAAGAUAGAAGCAGACAAGGAGGAGCGUAAGCGCAAGGCAGAGGCCGACAAAGCUGCCCGUGAGGGGCGGGCCGUGGAAAGCCCUCUGGCCGCCGCCCCUGCCGCCGCCCCCGCCCCAGCUGCGAGGAAGGUGGAUCAUAACGAGGCAAGGCUCAAGCUCCAAACCAGCAAAGGACCGGUGAUGAAGACGUUUCCUGCCGAGACAACCUUGUUCGAAGUCGCGCAGACCCUUGAGUCAGAACAGGCCAUUCAGGUUUCCAGCUUCUCUACAACGUUCCCACGCAAGACUUUUGAGGGCCAAAUCGACUUUGGUAAGACGUUAAAAGAGGCAGGUUUGGUGCCAUCGGCCGUGCUCAACGUGAAAUAA